UCGCAGUACCUUAUUUAAAGUUCUCGCCCCAUCCUCCCUCGUCAACCGAAACCUUUCGCAUUCGUCGCCCGGACCACUUGCAACCUGCACCUUGCAACCACCUCUACAUUCGCUUUUACGCCUUUCUCCAGCCUGGGAAUGAUCCCAAACUCAGCUCUCUAAAGUCUUGCCAGUAUUAGUGCCGCUUCAUCGACUGUAAGCAACAUCAUGUCAAAGCGAAAGAGCGACGACUAUGUCGAGAACAUGGCGCAGGGAGAUUGCAGCGCCUUCGUGGAUAUCCGGCCGCCAUGUCUUCCAGGAACGACGACGAUCGAGAAGCUUCCCAUCGAGCUUUUGGAGAGGAUCUUCGAAUUCGUCGGCGAAAUUGCUUACGUCUCAGGACGAGACCGGGUUGACUUUCCCGACGAUGAAACACCGUGUCCCUUCAUACCUCGAGAUAGGCAUCUAGAAGUCCCCCGUCGUACAGAGCCCACGCCUUACGACUAUCUUCGAUCGUCAUCACUUGCGUCUAGAGCGUUCACGGCACCCGCACAACGGGCCCUCUUUAGGGUUAGCAUGACGCGCAGCUCCAUAGGCAUGCUCCGUCUACUCCGUAGCUUGCUGGAAUACCCGGCAAACCGGAAGUAUGUGCAGUGGCUUGUGGCGUCUCCGCUGCCCCGCGAAAAUCUUAUCGGCCGUCAAAACCCUCCCGACAUCCUCGAUCCUAUAUCGGCGUCGGUACAAACUCUCGGCCCACUCUUACACACACCUGCCUUGGACCAGUUGCGGAACGCCUGCUUCUUCCGUAGCCUGUUGCUACCUUUUGUCUCGAGGAGUCCUGAAUCGGUCAGCUCAGAUACUGCUGCAUCGGAAAGGCAGAUUACCUCUACAGACACCUCGCGACCAUCCCACUACAUUGUGGGAGACCACAUCCUAAGGGCGAUCUUGGAGCUUUGCCCUCAGAUCAGGGGGGCUAGGCUGUUCUAUCGGAAUACCUGGAUUCAUUGGGGAUCGCGCCCUUUGACACCAAAAGCCUUUCCAUACCUGACAGAUGGUCUCUUAGGUCAAGAUUGCUUCAGGCUCAAGUCCCUAACAUUGGACGUCGGUGCACUCUCGUAUUCACUGCUACAAUUGCGUCAAUGUGUACCUGGAUACCCUAGCGGAUGUCCUCCCACCGUCGAGUAUCUCAAAAUCGUGGGCAACGACGAUGCUGGAUUUGAGAUUCCCCUCGACGACUUGUACGAAUGGCUCAGCACCAACACAAAGUUGCGGGAACUGCGAAUGCUUCAAAGAUGUGAUUGGUAUCCCGGGGCUGGGCCCAAGAAGCAUAACUGGAACACAAUACUUCCAAUGUUCAAAGAUACCCUGGAGCUUAUCGUCAUAGACGGAAAUCGCUACUUCGAAGGCACGCACUACGUGGGGGCUCGGUUCGGGCCCAGCGGGAUGCUUGACUGUCUACCGCAGCUCAAAAGGCUGGCUUACCUGAAAGUACCCCUACACUACCUCAGGGACGAUAUGCCGGAAUUUCAGCCGCCAAAUAAUGACUGGGAGGACUUGGGACUUGUCGUUCUGCCUGACGGCUCGGCAAUGAACAUGGAUGAGUACAUGACUGAGCUUCUGCAGGUGGAUGAUGAGCAGGAGGACGAUGAGCAAGUGAGCGAUGAGCAGGAGAACAAUGAGCCGGACAAUCGUCCGUCUUGGCAUAGUGAAUUGCUGGGCAUUCGGAUACACGGUCCCGGUGACGACCAUAACAUCCUCGGCCUCAUUCAAGCUGAACUUCCACCGUCAUUGAGAAAACUGGAUGUCGUGGUCGUUGAACCAAGUAUGGAGGAAGAUGAGGGUUACGCGUGGAGGACCAUUGAGUUUUCGUUCUAAACCGCAUCGAAUUUUGCUAGGACGCGGGAGGUCCCGGAUAGAGGAUAUGAAACCUUCACAAACACGUCAUGCGUUGGAAUCUGGUGUUGAUGCUGGCAGAGAGAGUUUGAGCACUUGGCUGAUUCAUGGGCCCUGGCCCCCGGGUUGACAAGAGCAUGGAACAGUUCGAAUCUUUGCC